AUGGUUGCAGUUCUUCAGAAUACAAGCGUGGCUGGAUUCUACGCACUGCACGCAGAGCCUGGUGCUGGAAAGUCAACUGCUGCAACACUGGCAGCACUUGAGCUGAAAGGAAGACAGCCGAAGGAUGUCAUCGUCCUUUUGCAGAACGACUUUGAGCGGCAGCUGAAGUCUUUCUUCCGCCUCUCCAACAUCGAGUACACUGCAGAAAUCGCCCGCCCAUUCUUCACCAGUCUGAGGGAUAAGGGUAUCAGAGUGAGGUUAAUUUUGGACAAUGUUCUAGACAGCAGUACAAUUAUCAUUCAAUCUGGAGAUAGAUUGAGAGCGCUCGCCCGGGCUGCGAAUGACAACCUUCACCAGGUCAUUGUCAUCGUGCAGAGUGAAGCUGCAGCGCAGGAAAUCGGAGGUCUCAAUGGUGAUACAACGCGGAAAGGGAAUCAGAUGCCAGCAGAGUUUUACAGGUGGUCUAGAGAAGAGACGGAGGAGCUCUUGAAGAGCACGAAUAUUCAAGAACUCUUGAAGAAGCCGCUACGAGAUGAUGAAGAAGCUGAAGACCUAAACGUUCUCCUGGCUGAGGCUCUAGAGCUUUCGGAAAUCCCAGACAAGUAUGGCCGUUGGAGACCCAGAAGUACCAAACGAUACAUCAUGACUGGGGAUAGACCAACUGCACCGCUCCCUAUCCCAGGCCCAUCUGCCGGAUCUGCAGGCACGACCUCCGCGUCCGUCUGGGUGCGGGAGCUGGCGCGGAACAAGGACAAACAGCUCACGGAUGGCAAGGAGUUUGAGCCCACGGGCAAUGCGUUCCAAGUUCAAGGAGCCUUCGCCAACGUGGAUGACCUGAAGAAGGCAAUCGACCCUUCCUUGUCUGCAUUUCAAGCGUCCAAGAUCAACAUUUACAGCCAGCAGGAUAGGGACUGGGUGAAGGAAGACGAAGACAUCGAAGUCAGUCGCGGCACAUCCAAGUCAGAUUGCUACGGGUUCACGCUGCCACAAAAGACGGACGAUGUGUAG